UCCCCCCUCCCUCCCCAGUCCUCCUUUCCUGCUUUGGUGUCUCUCCUGCAAAGGCUGCAUCGCUGUCCCUUCACUCCUGGGAUGGUCGGGAUUUGCUAGAGCUUCUCAUUAAGACGGACAGAACUUGGCAGAAGACCAAAGGGUGUCUUCCGAUCUCUCAGAGAUUUCCUGAGCACAGAUGGAUGACCGAGACUCAGCUGGCCCUGGAGCAGGAAGAGGCCAUGCCAUCCAAAGUGGGAGCAGUGGGGGAUUCUGGGAAAACUCUGUGCAGAAGAUGCUGGGUGAGGAGGACACCCUCCGCUCAGAGGGGCAGAGCCAGCAGUUGAGGCAGUUCUGCUGCCAGGAGGCCAAAGGACCCCGAGAGGUUUGCAGCCGACUCUACCACCUUUGCCACCAGUGGCUGAAGCCAGAAAGGCACACGAAAGCUGAGAUGCUGGACCUGGUGAUCUUGGAGCAGUUCCUGGCUGUCCUUCCCCCAGAGAUGGAGAGCUGGGUGAGGGAAUGCGGAGCGGAGACCAGUUCCCAGGCGGUGGCCCUGGCCGAAGGUUUCCUCCUGAGUCAGGCAGAGGAGAGAAAGCAGAAAAAGGAUCAUUUUGCAGUAAUGGACCUGGAUUCCUGUGAGAUAGAGAGGCCUCCGUUGGACACCAGAGAGAGGCCACUGGGUGACAGAAUGAUGCCAGCAAGACCUCCUUAUUCACCUUUUCAUGGGGGCAGAAGGGAAACGGGCGCUGUGGAACCUGAUCAGGUCAGGCGAAUCUGUCUUGUGGGGACAGAGGCCGAGGGAUGGAGCAAUGUCAUGGACUGGUUGGGCACAGAGGAAUGGCGGAAGGAAGCAGCCGGGAAACCAGGAAGGGAAGACAUCUUAGAGGCCAAGGAGUGGAGGUGGAAAAAGGAUGAGCGAUCAGAAGAAGAAGCCUGGGAAGAGGAGGUGUCAGAACCUGAAGGGGUAACGGGGCUGAGUGAGCUGGGAGACUAUGUGGCAGAAUGCAGCCCAGAAUCAGAGGUAGAAGAGGAAGGAGGUGAGAGGGAGGAGGGAGGUGGAGAGGCAGAGGUGAGUCAGGAGAAGGAGGAGCCACCAGUGCCAGAAGCCAGCCUCCCUGCUUGUCUCUCAGAGCCAGGAGACGUCUGACAAUGGAGGAGCAAAGGCAGGCUGCACUCUGGCGCACUGUUCAAUCGCUUGCCAGAAACCCCAGAGAGGGGGGACUUGGAAAAGUUGUCCUUCACUCUUGGCAACUGAUUUUGUGGAGGAAGACCCUGACAUGGAAUUCUACUCAAUAUUGAUCUAGAGCAGAACUCGAAUGUAUAGUUAGCAGAGUGAUCCCCCCAAAAUAGACCAGAGGCAAUUGUAUUUAAUCGAGCAGGGCUUUACUGCUAUUGAAGGCAAAUGAGCAGAAUGGUCCCAAAUCCAAAAUGUUCAGGAUUGGCCCUGUUCAUAGGAAAGCAGCAGACUUACCUGAAACUUACCAUAACUUAUAAUAAGUCUAAACCUUAUCACUAAGCAUACAGAACACCAGAAGGAAGAGAGAUAGAAAGAGAAAAUGAAACCAAGGCUCCUUCUGGCCUCUUCUUAUAGUCAGCAUGACCUUGAGAGAAGAGGUAACAUAACCUAUUUAACUCAGCUUCCCAGAAGGAAUAACCCCAAAAUCAGGAAGCUUCUGCUUGUUUCUUUUAUGCAGAGAAGCUUCCUAAUUAGAAUAAGAAAAAUCAAAAUGAGAUCAAUACUUUCUGCACUAAGAUUUGCAAACUGACAAAUGAGCUGCUGUUCUCCUUAGCCUGAAACUCUGAAUAUUGUGCUCUUGCUAAGAAAGAGUAAACUCCAGCUGUGAACUGUGGGAUUUCCUGAAGGGUCAUCAAGUCCAACCCCCUGCAUUGCAGGAAUCACAGCUAGAUCAUCCAAGACAGAUGGCCAUCCAAACUAGGCUUCUUUUAUUACUAAAAUUAUGGUGCUGGAGGAGACUCUUGAGAGUCCCAUGGACUGCAAGAAGAUCAAACCUAUCCAUUCUUCAGGAAAUCAGCCCUGAGUGCUCACUGGAAGGUCAGAUCCUGAAGCUGAGGCUCCAAUACUUUGGCCACCUCAUGAGAAGAGAAGACUCCCUGGAAAAGACCCUGAUGUUGGGAAAGAUGGAGGGCACAAGAAGAAAGGGACGACAGAGGAUGAGAUGGUUGGACCGUGUUCUCGAAGCUACGGACAUGAGUUUGACCAAACUGCGGGAGGCAGUGGAAGACAGGAGUGCCUGGCGUGCUCUGGUCCAUGGGGUCACGAAGAGUCGGAUACGACUAAACGACUAAACAACAACAACAACAAUUACUAAAUUGAUCACUGAAUGCUAAAAUUGGCUUCUAAGGUUUGGAGAUUGAAGUUAAAGACCCAAGGCAGGAGUUGUUGAAGCAGGUGAGCUGAGCGUAAGCUUUGCAGAGGCUCUUUUUAUUCACAAAUCUGCACACCAUUAGGAACACUUUUACAUCAUGAUAUUUACAUUCCUCUGAUAUUUGCGAGACCUGCUCCUGGACGUCAUGUUCCCACCAAGCGGAAAGUGAGCCAUGCCUCUCCAAAAGGAGGCAAAGGGCACAGAGCGGAGGUGUGUCUCACACCUGGGGGUCAUUCCUACAGGAGAGACCAUAACCAACAGUGUCCAGGAUUUAUUUACCUAGCCGGCCCCAUCUACUACCAAAUGGGGCCUGCCCCCCACUCCUUCCCCUCUCCAUGCCCCCAUGAACCCCUGGAAUUUGGCUCCAGGGCACUGGGAAGGAUCCUCUUCAGAACAGGACCCGAGGAGAGGAGAAAGUGGAUCCUUCCAUCUGGGAAAGUGGAAUGCUUACGUAGGGAGAAUGACUUGAAAACCACAAGGAGGAGUACCACCUAUUUGCACAAAGACAAACACCCUUAAUUAAAAUGCAGAAUAAAAGAAUUCCAUUAAAGCGUUAAAAUAAGCACCCAUAAUUAAAAUGUGCAGCAAAGGAAUCCUAUUGAAACAAGACAGCAAUUAAGAGGAAGGAAAGAACAGAGCAUUGUGUAGCAGAUCAUAUUUCUGCUGUCUCAGAGGAGGACAUUUCCCUUUUUCUUUUAGGGUCCAGUGUGCUUUGAAGAUGUCGCUGUUCAUUUCACGGACGAGGAGUGGGCGUUGCUGGAUCCUGACCAGAGAGCUCUGCAU